GGUGGCCUGGGCCGGGGGGAGGCGGUGGAGCCCAGCCAAGGGAAAACCGGGAUUUAAUGGUUUUUGCUUGACUCGUACCGCGCCCAAAGCCGAGGGCAGCUCGCCCACCCGCUGCCAGCCCGGCUGGCUCAGCUCCCGCCGCCGCGCUGGGCUUUGCUGUGGUUAAUCUCCUUUUCUGGUUGAGCUCUGUAGCCGGUGUCCCAGCAGCUGUGCGCGCAUAUAAUUAACUGCAUAAAAUCCAUUGACAAGCAGCUCUGCAGAAUAGUUCCUAAAUGUGUUUUCUAUAAAUGGAUAAUUGUAACUUCUCUUUAUUUUUUAGUUUGCUGUUGUCCCACAUACAAUAUAAAUUGUCAUUGAAGUUGCUGACAACAUUAAUACGUUUCUAAUAGUGUUUAUUCCUGAAGAUUUUAACUUUUUUUUUUGCUCUAAUGCUUUCUUUUUAUUUUUAACAAGGCUAAAUUUAUUAAUGUAAUGGAUACACACAUCAGGAAAAUGGCAUGGUUGUUGGACAACAAUCAAUAUUUGGAAAAAAUUGGGUUGACAAAAUUCCAUCAACAGGGUGAUCAUCCACCAGGGCAAGAUUUUGCUGUGCCUCCUCUAGGACCAGAUAAUGCAUUGCUGGGAACACAUAGCAGCAAGACACAAGAUGUGCUGAGAGAACAAAUGAAGAAAACACAGUCUCAAAAGGUGCAAACAACAGAAGAAUGGAUGAAAAGCUACAGUUUGGAAUCUUUGCAAUUAACAUUAGAGUAUCUGUGCUCCAGGAAUUCAGGAAAUGGUGGUGAAGUGAUGGAGUUUACAGAGGAGACUGUUGCUGAUUUUGAAUCCAGGCUUUCUGAAGUGAUUGAACUCUAUCAGCACCGAAUUCAGUGGCUGCUGCAGGACAGCAGAAAGGUGUUCGGUGUCAUAAAAGGAACUAAAGUUGGACUUUUGGUUGAUGUGUCUCAUUUGAGUUAUGGACCUAGACUGUUGGAUUUUCAGAAGAACCUUUUGGGCUUAAUAGAUGAGCAGCUUUGUUAUAAGAAGGAAUUGUACUGCCUCUCAUUCAGUACAGAAAUUUCACCACUGUGGGAGACUCCAAAAACCAUCACUGUUCAUGUGCUACAUGAAGCAAGACAGUGGGUGCAAGAGCUGGAGCCUGGUCAAGGCUGCAAUUUGCUGAAAGCCUUGAGGCAUGUCCUUGCAAUGAGAGACCUGAAUUCCUUGGUCCUUAUUGUAGGAAGCUGCCCUGACCAGUCUUUUGAAAUAUUAUGUGAUUAUGCACAGCAGUGUACACUGGGGAGAAAAGUGCAGAUUCACACUGUUACAUAUGAUUGCAGCAGCCCUGCUUCUCUUGCAGUUCUAAAGAACCUUGCAGAAGCUGUAGGAGGCCGUUAUCAUUGCUACUCUUCCCAGGGAGAGAAUUUUGAUAGCAGUGAUUUUCAUCUGCUACUUCAGGAAACCCAGAAGGCUAAGGACCUACUCAAGAGCAUCAAACAGAGUUUUCAAAGAAGAGUUGGUGGCUUGCUUGGUAAUAAAAGAGUAGAUGUUUCCACAGCAUUUGCAAGUUCAGCACCUUCUAGCUUCUUCCCAAAGCCUCCAAGGCACAAAGCACCAUUAGUUGUUCAAACACCAGGCAUCCUGGCCAAAACCUCAGCAGACUGGUUAAAGACCUAUGGAUUGAAAGCUAAAAAGUUAGAUCUUUAUCAAGUUCUGGCUCCCAAUGCUUUCUCUCCUGUGGAAGAUUUUGUACCUAUUCUUAAAAAAACAGUGUCAUCAACUCUACAUGAGAAAGUGAUGAUGCAGUUUGAGUGGUAUGAUGGAACUGUAAAAAAUAUCCAUGUUGACCUGCCAGUACUGUACAACUAUCAGAAAGUCCUUGCUAAAAUGGUAAGAAUCUAUGAGAAACGAAUUGACUGGCUAUCUGUUGCUAGCAGAAGAAUAUGGGGAAGUGUUUGUGAAAGAAGGGUGGUUGUACUUGUUGAUAUCUCAGUGACAAACUCUGCCUACAUCUCUCAUAUCCAACACUGUGUGCGACUUUUGCUUGAGGAACAAAUGUCAAAUAAGGAUUGCUUCAAUAUUAUAGCAUUUGGGAGUGACAUUGUGCCUUGGCAGCAGGAACUGUGUCCUUCCCAACCAGAAAACUUAGAAAAAGCUUGGAGGUGGAUGUUGAGCUUGGAGUGCAAGGGCAGUAGAAAUUUCAUGAGUGCCCUCAGAAGAGCUGUGGAAGUUGACUUCAAAGACAAAGAUAAACACAAAUCACAGGGACUCUACCUGCUGACUACUGGAAUACCUGAUCAGGAAACACACACAAUCAGUGCUUAUGUGGCUGAGGCUUGUGGAGGUUUGGAUUUGCAGCUCCAUGUCUGUCUGUUCAGUGUAACAGAGGGCACUGAGAUUAUCCCAGCCCGCUAUGCCACCCCCAGGGAGACUGCCAGUGCUUUGAAAGAAAUUGUGCAGGCAGCCAGUGGGAGGUUUCACUGGUUUGGAGAAACAGGUAUUUUUGAAAGUGAUGAUAUUACCAGUAUUAUAUCUGAAAUGGAAAAAGCAAAGAACUACUCCCAAAAGUGUGCAUUCCUGGUGCAGUCCCUUAAGCAACGCUCAGGAAAUCAGUCUGUGAAACCCCUCACAGCAGAGGGAGACUCAGAUGUGCUUAUGAGGAAUGAGAAAAAAAACCCACAGAAGGUGCCAUCUCCUAAAGCCACAGCUGUGCUUAAGGAUGUUAAAGACAACCAUGGUGCAGAGAGAAAUACUCCUGUAAGAGCAGUGGCAUGGCGUCCUCCUAGUGCCAAAGCAGGAAUUCCACCAGCACAAACAGUAAAAGAAUGGCCUCAGACUGAGAAUAAAGGAAAGCACAAACCCAGGAAGAAGCCAGAGCUUUCUGUGUCUGCAUUUUACACUGAAGAAGGAAGAAAUGUGGGUACAAUAUAUCAGAGAUAUCCCAAGGCAGUGUGUGUAAAAAAAUCUGUUUGCUCUGUCAGAUUGCCAGAGGAAGAGGAAAUCUGUUCAAGCAAAGAGUGGCUGACCAAGUACAGUAUUAAAAAGCUUAACCUGGAAUUGCCCAGACUGAUGUUUGGUCCAAGCUGUACCCACCAGAAGACAACUGUGGAGUCUCUGCACAAGAAAGUAUCAGCAAAAUACUGUUCUAUCUUCCCCAGUGCAGAAAUCAAUGGGGUUGUGAAACAUCUGCAGUUUCAGCCCAGAGAGCUGGAAAGCUACAGAGAGCAGCUGGAGAAGGUGCUGCAGCGCUACAUCCAGAGAGUGCAGUGGCUCCUCUCAGGAAGCAGAAGAUGGUUUGGUACCAUUGUAGAAACAAAUGUCUGUGUUUUGAUUGAUACAUCUGGUUCCAUGGGCCCAUACCUGCCACCUGUCACAAAAGAACUUACCUCCCUUAUCUGGGAACAGCUGAGAAAAAAUGAAGUCAGGUUUAACCUGCUGAGAUUUGCAGAAAAUACAGAGAGUUGGAAAGAGCAUCUUGUAGAGGCAACUGAUGAAAGCUGCCAUGAUGCUGUGCAGUGGGCUGCCACAUGCCAUGCUCAUGGCAGCUCCUGCAUCCUUGCAGCUUUGCAGAAGGCUCUCAGUUUCCAAGGUGUAGAAGCAUUGUAUCUAUUGACUGAUGGAAAACCAGACACCAGUUGCAGUCUGAUUUUGAAAGAAAUUGAAAGAUUGAUAAAGAAACAAGAUAUUAAAAUCCACACCAUUUGUUUUAGCUGUGCAGACAGAGGAGCUGUUGAAUUCCUGAAGAAGCUUGCUUCCCAAACAGGAGGGCGCUUCCACUGCAGCUCUGGAGGUGAAGAUGGACAAUUAGCAGCACACAGAAUAUUGACAGAGGGGCUGGAUGAUGAAGAUAAUCCAGUUUUCCCUUACUUUGAAGGAGAUGAUCUAAAGAACCUUACUCAAGAAGUAGCAAAAGCUAGAAGUUUCUUAAAGCAGGCAAAGUCUUGGAAAUUAUUGCUUGAAAAAUGGAACACAAACCAAAAAGACAACUCUGGCUUCCAAAAAAAGUGUUCAGAGAUGCUUGGAGAGGGAGCAGAUGUAAAACCAUUCUACAGGAGCAAGGAAGUUGUUGCAGGCAUGCAGAGGAUUAAAUUUUAGAUGAAGAAAAGAUGCUGAAGAGGUUUGGAAUGGUAGCAUUCACCUGCUUCUUUUCAAAGAGUGCUCACACCUUCCAGCUGCAAGCAGAAAGAUGAUUUUUUUUCUUUGUUGUCACAACUGCUGGCAAGACAGGAAGCUGCAGAUAAGUGCUGCACUCACUCCACUUGCAGAUUUUGCAGGAUUCAAAGUAAAUCAAGCCCGACCUCUACAAAGUUUAAAUAGAAGUAGAGGAUAGUUUUCAAUAUAGAAAUUUUUAAAGUGUGUGUAUCAGUGGUGAUACAGGAUCACAACUUUUGUUUCUCUUUUACUGCAUUGUAUUGAUAAUUUCUUCAGUUAGUUGCUGGUAUGUCUAAAUUGCCAUUUUUGUCUGUUGUUUGAAAAUUCUUUACUGAUGCUUAUUAUCCCUAACAGAUGGCUGUGAUGUUAGGAAAAUAGUUCUUUAUGCCAGUUUUGCAUAGAAAGUCCAAGAAAUAACCUUAGUGCAGAAAACAAAGCUUAUAAUUCAUGUUUUUACACAGAGAAGUUUUGCUAAUAAUUAUUUUGACUCUUUACUUUUUGUGUUGGCAGUAAAGAAGAAUUUAGAUCUGGAUGAGACAUGCAAGAAAAUAAUACCCUGUUGCUGAUGUAGCCUGGUUGUGUUUUUAUAACCAGACACUGCCUAUCUUUUGAGCAAUUCUAUUCUUAUAUAUUUCCUGUCUAGAAAGAUUAGAAAUAUGUUUGCCAGUAUCAGUUGAUUUGUGAAAUAUGUUUGUUUUUUACUGAUUUAUGUAAUGACAGCUCACUAGUAUUUUGUAGAUGUUCACGGUUGUCUUUUAGAGGGUUAGAAAUUCAUCUCAGGUGUUUCAUAUAUGUAAUAUAAUAAAAAUAGAGUCAUACUUCAGAA